AAAAUAAAUAUCAAAAUGGUGAAACUCUGGAACGCAGUUCUAUUAACUUUUUUCUUAUUAUCUUGCUUAUUAUUUUCAGCAUCUGGUGAUAAAUUAGAAGACAGUAUAUACAAAACAAUUAAAUAUUUCAAACCAUGCACUAAAUUGCUUAAUGCUACUCAUCAGAUUGGAUGUACAUCCAGUCGUAAAGGUAAUGUUGGUGUUGUUCAUUAUAUUGACUCUGAAGAAAGUUUUAAUUGGUUAUUGCAUGAAGGAAAACAUGAUCCUUAUGUCCCCUUGUUUACAGCUGAAUAUUUCACACACGACAGAUUGAAAAGGUUAAAAGAUGCCCACAAAAUCUCUGGAGCUUUGGUUCUUCAUGAUAAUAAAACUACUCCCCCAAGUUCAGGCUUUUCACCAGAGUAUCCAUGUCCAAAUCAAAAUUUUGAUAUUUGCAAUGCUAAUGAGCAGGAACACUGUUGUGAUGCUGGUGAUAAAAAUUCAUCAUGGAAUCCUAGUGGCUCAGCAAUGUCGUAUAACUACUACGAUUUUCCUAUCUUUGCCCUUUAUGAUCAACAUGAAUAUGAUCAACUGAUAGAGUGCUAUAGAAAACACAACAAAGCAAUGAAUAAUGAGAAGCCCGACUAUCCGCUUUGUGGAGUUGAGUUGCGAUGCUUUAUGUAUGCUGCUAAAGAUACACCGACGUGUUUGAGGAAAGGUGAAAUACCAAGUUUCUCUGAACAUAUGUUCUGUGAUCCAUUGGGUGACGUCAAUGUUUGGGGAACAUUGUUUCCAUUACAGAAUGAAACAAAUCCUGAAGUUGUGCUUGCUACUGCAAAGCUUGACAGCUCAGCAUUUUUCCAUAAUUUUGCAUUUGGGUCAGAUAAUGAUGGCUCUGGCAUAGCAGUUUUACUCGCUGUUGCAGAUGCUCUUGGAAAACACAAACGAAAAGGGUCAAUUAAGCCUCCUGAAUCGAAAAAGAAGAAAAGCAUAUCAUGUUUUCAUUUUUUAACGGAGAAUUGGGAUUAUAUUGGCUCAUCGCGUAUGGUUUAUGAUAUGAUUAACGGUUAUUUUCCAAGGGAUGUCAGCAGUAAGUUUCCAAAGAUCGGUCUGUCUAAUAUUUUGUAUUAUAUGGAACUUAACCAAGUCGGUUUGUCCGAUGAAAAUUCGUUAUGGGCCCACAGUCACCCAAAUCAACAUAAAGAUGCUUCUGUGAAGGCUAUGCUAAAUUUGCUAUCUAAAUUUGGUGCGACUGUGAAUUUGUCUAUUGAAAAUCCAUCUGCGAAUUCGUCACAUCCCCGACCAUUGCCUCCUUCGUCUUUACAAAGUUUCCUAAAAGAAAAUGGAGGUGUUCCUGGCGUAGUUAUUACCGACCACAAAGCAGCGUACACGAAUAAGUUUUACAACAGUCGUUUUGAUGAGUUGGAUUUGUUUCAAAGCAGUGUAAAGAAUAUAACAAAUUUGGCAACAACUGUUGCCAAAACGUUGUAUAAGUUAGCGUACAACGAAACAAAAGAUGACAUUGAAGCUAGUGAAGAGUUGGUAAAUCGACUGUUGAUGUGUCUGUACAAUACAGGAGAUUGUUCUGUAUUUUAUGAUGCUGUUUCGACAAUACAUAAGGCGUCAGAAAGAAGAAACAUCGCACGUUAUGUUGGAGUUUUCUCUGAUAGUGGCCAAGUUAACCUUUUCUCAAGCUUGAUAAAAUACCUGCUCUCUUAUCUCACAGGAGAAAGACUCAAUCAAACGAAGUGUGAGCGUGAAGUUGAUUAUAAUAUAUAUAAGAGAAGUAUAAAGGAAUGCGUGCGAGCCAGUGUUUACACAUCUAUAGCGAAAUCACCAGCAUUCGAUCUUCAUGAUUAUUCUAGCAAAUAUUAUUCUACUUGGACCGAAAGCAGGUGGGAAAGUUGUGGAAUGCGAAUGUUUCUAAUUGGUGAUCCUGUACAUGAGGCGAUAACACUAACCUGUGGUAUUGUCGUCACUUUGUUAUCCUUGGUGGCUACCGUGUUUAUGUACAUGAAAGCGGAACAGUUAUUUGUGUCUAGUGACUGCGUGAUGGUUAUCAAUGACAAUAUGCAAUCGUAAAGAACAUUUCCUUUCUUCAUCAUCAACAAAAAUUUAUUCCAUGAGGAAUUUUUCCUUGUUGUGUGAAGCCCGUAUGAACGAAAUUCUUUUUUAAUGAAGCUGCAUUUCUCGUUGUCACAACUACAUUUUGUUAAGUACAUGUAUGAUACACAUACUGUGAAAGUUCAUCUACGAUAUUUUAUCAGAUUUUGUUUAAAUUGAACUGCAAAAGUAGAUAAAAAAAAACUGAAUUUGUUAAUGUCCAUCAAACAAAGAGUAUUUCUAGAUUAAUUGAAUAAGAAAUAUGAAAUUAACAAAUGAGAAUUUGUGAACGAUGUGUCCAAAAGCUUUGUAAAUUAAUUCGUAUAAAUAACAUUAAUAACCUUUCCGAUGGCUAGCAUCUUUUUCUGAAAUUUUCGCCAAACUAUGUAUGUGCAGUAAUAUUUUCCCAAGAAUAAAAAAAAACAUUAAACUGGUCAAAA